AGUGCGGUUUACUUUGUGUGUCUUAUCUUAGUGUCGAAUAACAAAUUCAGCCAUCGCGCGGAGGGCGAAUGGUCAAUAUCUGCAGUAGAUCUAUAAUGGCCGACUAUUCUCAGGGACUUAAAUUAUUUGUUGUUCUAUUUUAGGUGGUCGCCUCCUGUUGAUUUAUCAAGUAAUGUAACAAACUUUUGCUAGUCGUCUGUCAUAAAUAAAACACUGACAAUCAUGGCUUCAAGUUCUGUGAUCAAGGAGAACUUAGACAUGGACGACAAGGGUACCCUAGCUGGAGGAGAUCAGGAGAGAGAAAUUUCUGACCACCUCAAUGGUCUGAAUGGCACUAGAGAUGGCCGAGUUUUAUUUGGACAUAGUCACCUGCGUUUUGACCCAGCGUCCCAAACAGGAGAUCAAACGCAGAGGAUGGGGAAUGAACGCAGAAGUACAGCUGACGUACGGCAUACUUGCAGCAUAAAACCGGAAAUUACCGUGCAGUAUAUCAAGAGAAGAACCUGCAGCACUUGGCUCAUACUGUUGGCCAGCUGUUCACUUUUUGUAUGCGGCAUAAUAAUAUAUGUAAUCCUGUACAGUUUGUUGAAGAAGUUUGAAGAAAUCGGGAAACAAAUGGAGCUGGUAAACAAACUAGCGUCUUCUUGGACGAUAAGUUUUUUGUCCUAUGCAAUGGGGAUAAACCUACUUUCUGGACUAUUUGGUGUGGCAGCAGUUAUACAUAAUACAAAAGAUGAGUAUAAGGUAGGUUUGUUCUACUCUGGCUUGGCACUAUUUAUAAAUUGCAUCCUGAUUGUAGCUGGUGGAGUAAUGACGUACGGAUCAUUUCUAGCUGAGACUAUGUUUAAUCCCCAAUGUGCGGUCGAUAUGGUGCAGGUUGAGGUUGGGAGCAUCUGUGAGAGAAUUGAAGAAACCAAAACUUUGAUUCAUGGUAUCUACUGGUCUACAGUUGCCACUGCGUUUGUUCAGCUGACACAGUUUCUUUAUUCUGCGUAUGAUUACUUCCGUCCCAAUGUUCCUAAUAGACUGGUACGCAUACAGCAUAUAUAUAUAUAUGAAUAUCCCUCUUAAUGGAUAGUGUUAGGUAAUAUCAUUGGUAGUAAUGAAGGUUAAAAAAUUGUUGUUUUCGCAAUGACCCCAGAGUGCCUUAUACAUUGGGGUUUGUUUUUCACUCCUUAAUAUUGACAUUGUUUUAUCAACUAUGCACACUUAUGAAAUGACGUGAUUCAUCCUAUCGUUUGAAAUAUUUUAAUUACUUUUAAAUUUCACAUACAUAUGGCACGCCGGCUUUGUUGUUUGCUAAAUGCAAUGUUUAUUUUCCUGUUUUGUAUGCAGGCAUGAAGUUUUAUAUAAUGUACACUUGUAUUAUCGUACUUGUCAUAUAGAGUGUAUGUGUGCGUCUUUACUCUAACCUUCAUAUAGCAAUUAGAUAUCUUAGAAAGUUAAUUUGGUUCAAACUCUUUCGUUGCUUCUUUAUUAGAAUAAAUGG